GAAUCUUUUUAGUCCUGGUCAUUCCAUUUGGAAACCGGAAAAGAUUUGGAGCGCCCUUCAUUGCGUCAAAUUGCCUCCUGUCUGCAACUCUUGCAAGCUCGGGCAAAUUGCUUCCUGAGAUGCAAGCGGCGAAAUCAAUGUUUGCUGAACGACGAUGAUGGCCGACAUGUAAAACUCCGUGGAGCUCAAAAGGGGAAUGUUCUUGGAAAUAAAAGUAAUAACCAUUCCUGGAGAUAACAUGCAAAGGAAUCUUCAAAUGGUCGUACACAUGUGCGAUGAUGUAGAAAUGCCACAUCAGGAUAGAGAUGGAGGGAUGUCUCAUUCCCCUAAAAGGCUCAUAGUUGCAUCUGAAGGAAAUACAGGUCUCGAGCCACAUGAUGGUAUUGAAUUCGAGUCCCAUGAAGAUGCAUAUUCUUUUUAUCAAGAAUAUGCCAAAUCAAUGGGAUUCACGACCUCAAUAAAAAACAGCCGGCGGUCAAAGAAAUCUAAAGAGUUUAUAGAUGCAAAAUUUGCUUGUUCUAGAUAUGGAGUGACACCAGAGGCUGAAGGUUGCAGUAGUAGACGCCCUACCGUGAAAAAGACAGAUUGCAAAGCAAGCAUGCAUGUAAAAAGAAAGCGAGAUGGGAAUUGGUACAUCCAUGAAUUCAUAAAGGAGCAUAAUCAUGAACUCCUUCCAGCCCUAGCGUACCACUUUAGAAUUCAUAGGAAUGUAAAACUAGCUGAAAGAAAUAAUAUUGAUAUUCUUCAUGCUGUCAGUGAACGAACAAGAAAGGUGUAUGUUGAGAUGUCAAGGCAAACUGGUGGAAAUAGAGAUGUUGAAUUAACGGGGAAUAGUUUGAAUUAUCAGUUUAGUAGAGGGCAGUGUUUAGGGUUAGAAGAGGGUGAUGCACAACUCAUUCUUGAGUAUUUCAUCCGUAUACAGAAAGAGAAUCCAUAUUUCUUUUAUGCUGUUGAUCUCAAUGACGAUCAGCGUUUAAAGAACCUUUUUUGGGUUGAUGCCAAAAGCAGAAAAGAUUUUGUUAGUUUUAGUGAUGCUGUUUUCCUUGAUACCAAUUAUAUGAAGAGCAAUGAAAAGAUGCCAAUUGUACUUUUUGUUGGAGUGAAUCAUCAUUUUCAGCCGAUGAUACUUGGAUGUGCACUGGUAGCAGAUGAGAGCAAACAAACAUUUGUUUGGUUAAUGAAAACAUGGCUUCGAGCUAUGGGUGGACGACAUCCUAAAGUAAUUAUAACUGACCAGGACAGAGCUCUUAAAUCUGCUGCUGAGGAAAUUUUCCCUUCUUCAUGUCAUUCAUUUGCUCUUUGGCAUGUAACCGAAAGGAUUCCUGAAAUUCUCUCUCAUGUCAUAAAGCAGCGUGAUGAUUUCAUGGGAAAAUUCACCAAGUGCAUAUUCAAGUCGUUGACGGAUGAACAGUUUGAUAUGAGAUGGUGGAAGAUGGUUACCAGAUUUGAGCUACAAGAGAAUGAAUGGAUUCGUUUGUUGUAUGAAGACCGAAAAAAUUGGGUUCCGAUUUUCAUGAGGGGUGCCUUUUUAGCUGGAAUGUCUACAAGUCAACGAUCUGAAAGUCCCGUCUCAUUCUUCGACAAGUACAUCCACAAGAAGAUCAGUCUUAAAGAGCUUGUGAAGCAGUAUGGACUCAUUCUGCAGAAUAGGCAUGAAGAAGAAGCCAUAGCAGACUUUGAUACAUUGCACAAACAACCUGCAUUGAAAUCUCCUUCACCAUGGGAGAAGCAAAUGUCAACAAUUUAUACUCACACAAUAUUCAAGAAAUUUCAGGUCGAGGUUCUGGGGGUAGUCGGAUGCCACCCAAAGAGAGAAGGAGGCGUAAAUGGUGCAAACAUAACAUUCAGGGUUGAUGACUGUGAAAAGGAUGACAACUUUAUUGUGACAUGGAACGAGGCAAAAUUGGAUGUUUCGUGUUCUUGCUUACUAUUCGAAUACAAAGGGUUCCUUUGCAGACACGCAAUGAUUGUUCUUCAAAUGUGUGGCCUUUCAAGCAUCCCAUCACAUUAUAUUCUGAAGAGGUGGACUAAAGAUGCUAAGAACACGCACAUGGUGGAGGGCACUGAAAGGGUUCAAACAAGGGUGCAAAGGUACAAUGAUCUGUGUAAAUGGGCCAUUGAAUUGGGAGAAGAAGGAUCUUUAUCUGAGGAGAGUUACAAUAUUGCAUUUCGGGUACUGGAUGAAGCUCUAAGGAACUGUGUGAAUGUUAAUAACAGAGUUGGUACAGAAUGUAGCAGUACUAUUGCUGUCAUUCGUGACGUAGAAGAAGAGAACAAAGGAUCUCAUGCCAUGAAAACAAGUAAGAAGAAGAGUGCGACCAAGAAAAGAAAGGUACAAUCUGAGACUGAACUGGCAAUUGUUGACACUCAAAACAGCUUGAGCCAACUGGAUAAUCUUAGCGUAGAUAGUAUGACCCCGAGUGGAUAUUAUGGAACACAACAGAAUGUGCAAGGACUGAUGCAGCUUAAUUUGAUGGAGCCACCUAAUGAUUCUUAUUAUGUCAACCCACAGAAUAUCCAGGGGCUGGGGCAACUUACUCCAAUUACACCUAGUCAUGAUGGUUUUUUUGGGUCUCAACAAAGUGUGCCUGUACUGGGGCAUCUGGAUUACAGACCAAGCUUUGGUUUCAGCUUACAGGAUGAGCCUAACAUGAGAUCUGCAUCUGCUCAGUUGCAUGGCAACAGUGCAAGCCAUGAAUGAAAAAUGCACAUAAUCCACUGCUCUCCAAGAUAUUGGUUCCCUACAAAUUACAGCAUUCUGAUAGUUUUGGCAUUCCAACUCUCUGAAAUGAUUUCACGAGUUGCUGCAGUGGAGUUAGGCUUUUGAAGUUCAGAAGUACAAUUUCAGGGAUACAGAGGUGUUGUAUGCAAAAAUUUAGUGGGCAUACAUUUUCAGUUUUAUAUUUGAGUAGGUUCCUUUUUUGUUGUUCAUUCUUCUUCUACUAAUGCAGUUUCAGGAACAUGAUGAACAUACCUAAUUAAAUGUUGAAGUUAUUCUUAUUAGCAGAGGCAAAGAUAGAGAUGAAGGAAGUUUUUAGUAAUAUAGCAAUUAUAUACAUUAGUCAUUUGCCGCAUCUUAUUUUCAGUUGCAGUUGCUGGAUCUAUGAAGGAAGUUUCACCUUUCACCAUUUCUCAGAUUCAAAUCUGUACAACUCCUUUACAUGGAGUGAUGAGAGUAGUUCACACGGGGGCAAUAGUUGGUGGCAAGCAUAGAGGAAAUGCCAUGAUGUUUUGCUCGACUAGACUAUGGUUUUGCUUUUUAUUGGCUAGUGUUAGAUUGGUUUUCACGAGUUACACCCCUACUGAAAUCAUAGAGAUGAAGGAAGUUUUUAGUAAUAUAGCAAUUAUAUACAUUAGUCAUUCGCCACAUCUUAUUUUCAGUUGCAGUUGCUGGAUCUUCGAUCUAUGAAGGAAGUUUCACCUUUCACCAUUUCUCAGAUUCAAAUCUGUACAACUCCUUUACAUGGAGUGAUGAGAGUAGUUCGCACGGGGUGACGGGGGCAAUAGUUGGUGGCAAGCAUAGAGGAAAUGCCAUGAUGUUUUGCUCGACUAGAGUACUAGACUAUGAUUUUGCUUUUUAUUGGCUAGUGUUAGAUUGGUUUUCACGAGUUACACCCCUACUGAAAUUAUUUUGAAAUUAUUUUGUACACGCUUCACACAUUUUAGUAUAAAAUUACUGACAAUUUCAGGUC